AUGGCCGGCCGAGAACGUUAUCUUCCGUCUCCGGCAGUCUCAUCUUCUUCUCCGAGAAUUACAGAAUCUCAGUUGAUCGAAUCCGAUAGGAAUCGGACUCGAUCUGUAAUCUUCGAGGAUCGAAUCGCCAUCCAGCAUCGUGAAAUCCAAUCACUUCUCACGGAUAACCAGCGGCUAGCUGUGGCACACAUUGGACUCAAAGAUCAGCUCAAUUUGGCUAAGCGUGAGCUCGCACUGCUGCUUGAAACCGCCGCAAAAGUUAAGGCGGAGAGAGAAGCUAAGGUGAGAGAGGUUUACCAGAAUGCGCUUAGAAUGGAGGCGCAGGCUCGUGUGAUCGAUGGGCUUGGAGCGGAGCUUGAUCGUGUUAGGUCUGAUGUACAGAAGCUAUCUGACGAUAGACAGGAGCAAGCGACGGAGCUUGCGAUGCUUAAUGGCGAAUUGGCUAAAGCCAAACCGAAUUCGGAUCGAGCCAAGGAGGUUAAGGCGGAGAUUGAGCCUCUGAGAGAAGAAGUUCGUAAAGGAAGGGCUGCUCUUGAGCUUGAGAUUAAGACACGAGCAAGUAACCUUCAUCAUGAGCGUGGUAUGGAAAAGACCAUUGAUCACCUUAAUCGGGAAAUUGUGAAGCUCCGGGAAGAAUUGGUUAAUGUGCAGACCAAAGCUAAAGCAGCGGAGGCAGCUCCAAACUCAAGCCCUGGAUUGGUUGCAAGUUAUGGAAACUCUGAUGAUAUUUAUGGAGGCCAAGGUCACCAAUACCAUGAAGCUAACGGUUCUCACCCAACAAGCUAG